CUCUUUCCUUUAUUUCACACUCCACGGCUGGAGAGAGAUCAGGUCUUCAGAGGAUUGGUACCUUACAGCGAUCACAAUUUACACCGUAAUAGAGGCCACUCCCACAACAAUUCACCAAUAAAUACUGUGAAUAUUCCCAUCAUCCUACAAGAGAAGAAGUGCUUCAGAACAGCAGGACGAACUCCAGGUGUAACAACUGAAAUCUGAGUGAUAUACUAUGGAAAAGAUGGAGUUAGUCAAAGAGGAAUGUGAGGACAUGAGUGAUACAGAAUCGUACAGAAGGAAAUAUGAAGAUACUGAGGAACACAGAGGUUGGGGUCAAUUCUUGAUUCUUCACUAUUGACUGCAGAGGAACACAAACUUGAUACCUGAUGGAAGAGCAAGAGGGUCAUCACGAACUCAAUGAAGUGGAGGAGAAACAUUACAUAAUCGGAGACAGCGAUUUUAGCUGCUCAGAGACUUUGGAUUUCUCAUAUGACACCGAAGCUGGAAACUCUCUCAUCUGCGUUGAGUGUGGAGAGACUUUUACAAGUCAAGACAACCUUGAGAUGCAUUUAACAAUUCACAUUAGAGAUAGGCCUUACAUGUGCAUUCAAUGUGGAAAGAGUUACACAUGUAAAGCACAUCUUAAUAGACACAAGAGAGUUCACACUGGACAGACACCUUACACGUGCCCUCUGUGUGGAAAGAGCAUCACACAAAAAGAAAACCUUAAAAUUCACAUGAGAGUUCACACUGGUGAGAAGCCUUACACGUGCCCUCAGUGUGGGAAGAGUUUUGCACGUAAAGAAGGCCUUAAGACACACAUGACUAUUCACAAAGAAUUCACAGAGAAGGGUUUUAUCUGCUCUGAGUGUGGAAAGUGCAUCUCAAAAAAAGAAAACCUUAAGAUUCACAUGAGAAUUCACACCGGAGAGAAGCCUUACACGUGCCCUCAGUGCGGACAGGGGUUUGUAUGUCAAAAAAAUCUUAGAAAGCACAUGAAAAUUCACAGCGGAGAGAAGCCUCACACAUGUUCUCUGUGUGAAAAAAGUUUCUUAGAAAAAACGAAUCUCAAAUAUCACAUGCGCAGUCACUCUGGUGAAAAGCCAUUUAAGUGCGAUCAGUGCGGUAAACGUUUUACGACAACGUCGCGUCUGACAACACACCUGCAAGUUCACACAAAUGAGAAGCCACACCGGUGCUCUGAUUGUGGAAAGUUUUUUUCACGUCUGGACAAUUUGAAAGAUCACCAGAAAAGACACGCAGGUGUAAAAGAUCACGUGUGCUCUGAGUGUGGUAAGGCCUUUACUUCAGCCAGCCAAUUAAAUAAGCACCGGAGAAUUCAUACUGGAGAAAAACCUUACAAGUGCCCACAUUGUGACAAGUGCUUCAGUUGGCCAGAAAACUUGAAAAUACAUCAGAGAGUGCAUAAUAGAGAGAAACCAUACCAGCAUUCGGUUUCAUCUGAAUAAUCUAAAGAGUCUUUGCACCCAUUUUGCAAAAACCUAGUCACAAGUCACUAGGGAUGCACCGAUGUAUCGGACGCCAAUAUUUAUCGUCCAAUUAUAUAUAUUUUAUUCAAAGAACUUAAAGUGCAUUCAAGGUAUAAAUUGUAUUAGAUUGUGUGAUCCUUUGGAGUUGAACCCAUGAUCUUGGUGCUGCUAGUGCCAUGCUCUACCAGUUGAGCAACAGGAGACAUUUUUAUGUGGGUAGCACUGUCGCCUCACAGCAAGAAGGUCCCCAGUUCGAGCCCCGGGGCCUUUAUGUGUGGAGUUUGCAUGUUCUGCCUGUGUUCACGUGGGUUUCCUCCGGGUGCUCCGGUUUCACCCACAGUCCAAUAACAUGCAAGUCAAUCUAAUUGGAAACUGUAAAUUGCCCAUAGGUGCGAGUGUGAACGUGUAUGUUUGUGUGUUGCCCUGUGAUGGACUGGCCACCUCUCCAGGGUGUUUCCCUGCCUUUGGCCCAAGACAGCUGGGAUAGGCUCUAGCACUACCCGUGACCCUAGAUAGGACAAGCGGCUAUAGAAAAUGUAUGGAUGGAGAACCAUUGGCAUAUCGGUCAUAAGCAUGAAAACACUGAUAUGGAAAACCAAUGGUAUAUUAAUAAUUAAUUACGUGCAUUUAUUGUGUUGUAUAUAGGUUAUAAUUUUUUUUCAUUGUAAUGUAAAAAAAAUUAUAAUAAUAAGCCAAAAUAUAGCUGCAAGCAGCAAUUAUUGUGGUAAUUAGGAAGGUGUAGAAAAUUCUGGAAAACCUACAUUUUCAAACUGUCUGAUUUGCACAAAAUGCUGCAUGUAUACCAUCUACAGACCCUCAUGACAAUAAGUUAAUAAAUUGAUUUCGACUUGACAUAUAAUUUAAAAAAAGAACCAUUGUUUUGACAAAGUGAGUGUAUAUAUUUCUCAGACAUUACCUCCUAUAGAGGGGCGGGGCCAGAAGGGUGGCACGGGGUGGCAGCCACCACCCUAAAAAUGAGCUUUUGACACCCCAACUCAUACCCGCUCGCGUCCUGGAGACGGUGCGCAACAGCCUAACUGUCCGAAGGACACAACGUUCCUCCUCCGCCAUCCCCCCAGUCAUAUGGAACUCCUCCGCUGACAACCCCGCAACCAUCCACACCCCGCAUUAGCUAAAAUGACUGGAUGCCACCCCUUACUAUACUCUUGGUCACGCCCCAGGUCCUAUAAAUCCCUCUUUUGUAAUUAUGAACUAUGACUGGUUGACAAUGUUAUUUUAGAAAUGGUGCAACCCUCAGGUGAGGUGGAUAAAUAGUGCUAUUUCAUCAAAAAUCCUUUUUACCAUUUCAAUACAGUAAAAUAUAGAGCUAAAUGAACUAUUUUAAAGGGGGAUUUGUUUUCUUUGCUUUAAUUUUUUAUUUCCAUGUUAUGGCUGACAUCUGUGUGGAAUUGCCCAACAUAUGUAUACACAGUAAAAUAAUAAAUAAAAAUGACGUCAGUGUUUUUGUCUUAUUUUCUGGUAAAAAUAUCUAAUUGUUUUUUAAAAUAUAUAUAGAAAAAAAUACUUGAAAAGCAGUAUGAUAUUAAGUCUUGUUUCCAAAGAAAUCUAACAAGGUUUAGUGAG